GGUUGAUUUAUUCACAGGAAUGUGUGCCUGACCCCACCCAGUACAAAUACAUCGUGGUGAGAAUUCAGGGAAUGCUGUGGUUCCCCUCUGCAUGGCCAGUCUGUGGGUUAGCCCACUGUGCUGACUUCUGAGUGCAGGCUGAUGAGCUGCAGGGUAUUUCUCAUAUGGACCAUGAUGUUUAGGGCUUCUUUUCCCUGAGCGCUGUGUAACCACAGGCCCUACGUGCUACACACUCCUGGUAGGAAGUUACUCAUCUGGGUUUUUUUGUGUGCUGGUGUAUCCGGAUGCCUGCACGCUUUGUCCAUGGGGAUGGGCACACUGCCACCGUGUUUGAUGGGGUGAGCUUUUACCAAGUCACAUGUGCAUUUACAUCCUAACUGAUCUGAGAUAUUUUGAAACAAGGUCUUUCAAUGAUCAGCAUUUUUAAACUGGAGCCUUUGGAAGUCCCACAAAGCACGUUUCCCUGGCCUAGGACAGGUUCAGAUGAUGUUCCUCAUCAUGGAUCUGAUUCUAUUCUAUAUUGUUCAAGAGCCUGGAAGCCAAAUUCCUAGGGCUAAACUUGGCCCUUCCAAUAGAGAUACAUGAUAUCGCAGUAGGAUAUCCUCCUCCUCCUGCUGCAGAGUAUUGCCCAAGUUGAUGGGGUCUUUCUGUCUACUCUGUGACACAGGCCAGAGAUGUCACCUUCAGGUUUUUAUUCCUUUGGUUAUUUCCAACACUUCUUGAGUGGGUGAGUCAGAACCUUGAAUCCAAAGCACAGCUACGAGGAGCUGGAAAUCAGAGCCGUCUCUUAGUGGAUGUUCUUCUUAGCAAAAAAACUCUCCGAUCUUUUACCAAUGCAUCAAACUGCCUGUAGAAAACGUUUGUUGAGGCCGUGGCAUGCUGUAAAUGUUCAAGGGCUGGACAUGUCUUGUGGGUGUGGGGGAUUCUUGUGAACAAGAAGCAGAAACCUGAGCAGAAAGGGGAGGAGGCAGAGAGAGUGGAAACGAAAAUACUUCACACUUGAGAGAGUGCCAAGGACAAACCGGAUUGUAGGAAACAUUUCUGUGCUAGUAUGGCACGGAUUCUUUUUCGUUUCUUGUUAAAUUGACCGUGUGCUGCUGCUAGUGGCAGUGCUGGCAGGUCUGAGAGCCCAUCCCAUCCCUGUGCUGGCAGCAGAGCGCGUUAGGAGGUAACUGGGGGGUUAGUGAAGUCUCUUUGACUGGAGGAAGCAGCGCGGUGCCAGUCUGGGCUGGUCUCUGCAAUUACGUCCCCACGGGUGUGUCAGUUAAAACCCCGCAGGGAGUGGUGCAGCACUGACACAUGCGAGCCUAGCGGAGCUCGAGCGGCCACGGCGUCAGCAGAGGAGCGAUGGCAUCCGCAUCUCCCACUGCAGCCACCUCGCAGCCCUCACUGCCCUCCGGACCCGUCAUCUUUAAAACCAUUCCCUACGCCUUCAUCCUGCCGGAGAUAAUCUGCGGGGCCUGGGUUUGGAUCCUCGUUGCCGCUACCUCAGUCUCCUUCCCGCUGCUGCAGGGAUGGGUUAUGUACGUGUCCCUUACCUCUUGCCUCAUCUCCCUGUUGCUCCUCAUAAGUUACCUCUUCGGAUUUCACAGAAACAGCAACAACUGGAAAGUGCUGGAUAGUUUGUACCACGGUGCCACAGCCAUUCUGUACAUGAGUGCUGCUGUCUUGCAAGCCAACGCCACAAUCAACUCUGAGUUCCACUUCAGCUCACCACUCUACUACCAACUCAACUGUGCCGCAUCGUUCUUUGCCUUCAUCACGACCUUCCUGUAUAUCCUUCAUGCCUUCAGCAACUACUACCAGUGAGCCCAGUGGAGAUGGCACCAGCUUCAAGUCUUCAGGAUGAGGACAUUCCUCAAGCAAAGGCAGCAGUGGGCUCCCAAUGCUGUCCUGGCACCUCAACUGACCCCAGCGCGACACGGUUGUUUCUUCAUUUCAUUGAAGGAAGGAUUUUUGUACAAUG